GGGGUGAAAGGUCGUUAAGAUGGCGCUGGCCGUUCGUCUGCGCCCCCAGUCUCUGCUCUCUCGAUCGCUGCCCGGCGGGGCCGUCCGACUCCGGGCUCCCGGUGCCGCCGAGGGGAGGUUGCCGUUGGCCGGACUCUGCUACUUCUGCCGCUGCCGCCUCGGCGCGGGAGCCGCCCCGUUUUCCCGAAGCUCUUGGGCCUUGGCGCCACCUGCCCGGGGUCCCCGGCGGCCCGUGCUCAGCCCUCCGGGGCUCCCCGCAGCCCUCGCUCCUUUUCCUGCCCGCCCUCGGCGCAGCUACAGCACGGAGGAGCAGCCCCAGCCACGCCAGAAAACCAAGAUGAUCAUUCUGGGAUUCUCCAACCCCUUCAACUGGGUUCGGACUCGCAUUUACGCCUUCCUUAUCUGGGCCUAUUUCGACAGAGAGUUCAGCGUCGCGGAGUUCUCUGAGGGCGCGAAGCAGGCUUUUGCUCAUGUAUCAAAGUUGCUGUCACAGUGUAAGUUUGAUCUAUUGGAAGAACUUGUGGCCAAAGAGGUGCUACAUGUAUUGAAAGGAAAGGUUACCUCCCUACCUGACGCUCAUAAAAAUGCCCUUGCUGCUGACAUAGAUGAUAUUGUAUAUACAUCAACAGGAGACAUCUCCAUUUACUAUGAUGAGAAAGGAAGGAAGUUUGUUAACAUCCUGAUAUGCUUUUGGUAUCUAACCAGUGCCAAUAUCCCCAGCGACACUUUAAGAGGAGCCAGUGUAUUCCAGGUUAAAUUGGGGGAUCAGAAUGUGGAAACUAAACAACUUCUUAGUGCAAGCUAUGAAUUUCAGAGGGAGUUUACACAAGGAGUAAAACCUGACUGGACCAUUGCACGGAUUGAACACUCCAAGUUGUUAGAAUAAUCUUUCUUGGAAAAAUCAACUUAUGGACUUUUAGCAAUUGCUGUGAAAAACUAAGGAAGAAAAAUUUUUGGAUCAUUUGAUUUUCACUUAAUCAAGUCUGUAAAUUACUUUAUGUUAUUUUGAAAUACUCCUUGCAGUAUAUUAACAUGUUAUAAUAAAGCAUUUUCCACAGAUUGUUAUCACCUUCUUUAAAA